UAAUUAUAAUAUGCAAUUUAUUUCUAUAAUAUAGAUCGGACCUAGUAGAACCCAGGGACAGAAUGAGGGACCUAGCAGAAAGAAAAGAUUAAAAGGGUCCUAAGCGAUGUUUUGUUUAGGGCCUGGCAAAUUCUAGCGACGACUUUGUCGAUAACAAUUAUAAUAUGAUAUUUUUUUUCUAUUUUGAUUGGCAACAAAUAGUGUAUCCCAAUAAAAAGAAAAAUCUUAUGGUAACGAAAACUUUCUCCUAGCAUUUGUGAAAACUUUGUGAUGGAUUUUUUGUAGCUUUGUGAGGUUAGAUUGAAGAUGCGCGCGCCUUCUGGUUUCUCCUCCGAUUGGAUGAAAGAGUAAAGAACAUUACCCGCCUCUCGAUUGUUGAGUUCAGUAGAAGAGAAUCUCUCUAAGUAACAACAUGGAACGAAUACGUUGUCUUCCGCGAAUCAUCUUAUUCCUUUUUUACAUCAAAUCUCUACCACGUACAUCAUGUGUUAUAGUCUCGAACAUCACCUUAAUGACAGAAUCAAAUCGAACAGAUUAUGCUCUUCAGGGAGAAGCUGCAUCACUGCAUUGCAAUUACCAGACAGCGCCAGAUGAAACUGUAUCGUCUGUCCGUUGGGAAUACAAGAAGAGGGGAUCUGAGGAAAGUGUAGAAGUAUACGUGUGGAGACCCAAUCGUAGACCUGUAGGAAAGGAGAUUUUUUUUGGAAGAACUGACAUCUCAAACACCGACCCUAGUGUCAUUGUCAUUAGACAAGCUCAUAUGGACAUGGAAGGAAAAUAUCGAUGCAUCGUUCAAACUAAUGAAAUGUCUGCUUAUACUGAUUUCCAAUUGAUUGUAAUUGUAGAUGCUUGCCAAAAAAAUGUUUGGAGCAUGAACUUGGAUUUAGACACAUGCACAGAUACUAUUCGCAUGCACUGUGUAGGCCUGUUUCCAAAACCCUCAGCAGAAUGUGGAGUUUAUAACGAAGAUACUCAACUAACAAAUGUUCCAUUUGAUCGAAUAGUUACACUUCGGAAUUCUACUUAUGAGAUUACAUUGGCCAAUGAGUAUCACAUAAAAGACUGGACAAGUUAUACAAAUAUUUCAUUGAAAUGCUAUUUUGUUAUUGACAGAACUACUUGGAAGAGAGGCAUAACUUAUAAAUUAUUUGGGGAUUAUGGGUGUGACCCUAUUCCACCUUUACCUGGACCUGGAACAUAUAACAUGACAGAGGAGAAAUCAUGCUGGAAUCGCCCAAGGGAAGGUGCAAUCGUGCACUACAGUUGCAAUAAUACGAAAACUUUACGCGGUCCCGAUACUCUAAUAUGCAGAAAUGGAUCAUGGGUACCACCAUUUCCAUCGGCCAUCACUAGACCAUAUUGUAACAACAGUCACAAAUUGCAUUGUGUAUUUGGAUGGAUAAGUAUUUUUCUUGUGAUAGCCUUCAAUUUACGUUUCAAACUUUAGGAAAAGAAAUUAUGAAGCUCUUGCUUGUGAAAGAUUAUAAGUGAUUCAACAAAUAUUGCUUUCACGUUUGGAACUAAGAACGUUUAGCUUAGUAACUGACAUUUAGAUGGGAUAUGCAAGUAAUGUUUCAAUGGGCUGCAGAAAUGAAAUUAUGUGGAUUUCGAUCUAAGAGAAGUUUAAAUAUACAUUGUUCAUUGCAUUGAUUUUAUGAUGUCAAUCUAAAAAUAAAAAGCAAUAGAAAUUACACUGA